UUCCUGAUAUUCGGUCAUGGCAAAGCUGUUCAUCGGAUGAACCUGGAGGGGAAGCACCGGAGGAGACUUCUGGCCGGUGUGGGGAGAUCGAUCCUGUUCGACUUUCAUUACAGAGACGAAGAUGUCUACUGGGCUGACAAACACACUGGGGUCAUUUACAAAGCGUCAGUGAGAGGAGCACAUAAACAGAAACUGCACUCGUCUGACAAGCACAUCUCAGGCCUGGCAGUGGACUGGAUCUGGAACAGCGUUUACUGGACAAGUCGAGAAAAGGGAAAAAUCAAGAGAAUGGAUUUAAAUGGGAAAAAUGAGAGAACUUUAUUACGACACUUGAACCAACCUGGUUCCAUAGCUGUUGACCCCACAAACAGGUUUCUUUUUUGGCUGUCUGGUGGGAUGACUCCCAGUAUCCAAAGGUCUGAUAUGAGCGGCCAGGGGAAAACUACACUUAUUAAGAUGUCAGAGCAACUCAACUCACUGACGAUUGACCGACAAGACAAGAGACUGUUCUGGGUUCAGUUUGGUUUCCAAGGAGAAAGCGCCAUUGCCUCCUGUGAUUACAAUGGAAACGCCCUUCACAUCAUAGAUCAGCCACUUUGGUCUCGGGUGCUGGGGAUAUCAGUUUUUCUGGAGAACUUAUACUACACUGACACUGAAUCUCGGAUUAUAAAACAAAUGAACAAGUACACUGGAGGAAAUCCACUGGAUGUGAACACAAAGCAAAUGACAAAACCCCCGAUUCAGAUCAAGGUGGUACAUCCCCUCAACCAGCCACUGGCCGACUCCCUAUCUUCCUUCCCAGGUUGUGACAAACAGACUGGAAACUGUAUGAAUGUAUGCUCCAACAUGGCUGAACAAGGGGUUUGCCACUGCACUGAAGGGUUUGCUCUCAGUAAGCAAGGGACUCAUUGUGAAGACGUGAAUGAAUGUGCCCACUGGAACCAUGGCUGCUCUCUCGGAUGUGAGAACAUCCCAGGCUCCUAUUUCUGUACCUGCCCAAAAGGAUACGCCCUCCUACCAGACAGGAAGACAUGUGGAGAAAUCUUGCCGUGUGAAGGGAAUAUGACCAACUGCGGCCACGGCUGUCUGAAAACAUAUGAGGGCAACGUGUGUGUGUGCCCUGAGGGAUCUAUACUGCAGGAUGAUGGACAAGCCUGUACUGGCUGUUCAUCGACGGACAUGGGGGGCUGUAGCCAGCUCUGUACUCCUGUCAGCCCCAGUGUGUGGCAGUGUGGUUGUCUGCCAGGCUACCGGCUCCACCAGGACGGCAAGCGGUGCAUUGCAACCGGACCACCACCGUAUCUGCUACUGGCCAAUUUUGUAGAUGUACUAAGAAUUAACCCUGACGGCACAGGGGAUCAAACCCUGGUCGAGGAGCCCAGAGGAACAAUCGUAGCUUUGGACUAUGACCCUGUCCAAAACAAUGUGUACUUCUCCAGUAUAAACCGAAAGACAAUUGAGCGGGUUGAUUUGAACGGUGGAUCCAGAGGCGUUGUCAUUUCUGAGGAUCUGAACUCUCCGGAGGGACUGACCAUUGACUGGGUCCAUCGCAGGAUGUACUGGACAGAUACAAGUCGGUCAACUGUUGACUGCAGUAGCCUGGUUGGACUAAGCAGAGAAACGAUUGUGAGCAAAGGGCUGGAGAAACCAAGAGGAAUCGCAGUUCAUCCCCUGGAGAAGAAGUUGUUCUGGACUGAUAUCGGUGCCCAGCCUGUGGUGGAAAGCGCGUCUUUGGAAGGAAAAGAGCGAACCAUCAUUGCCAGCACCAACCUUGUGUCCCCCAGCGGCCUGGCCAUCGAUUUCACAGAGGAUCGUCUGUUCUGGUGCGACCAACACCGGGGUCUGGUGGAGACGGCUGCCCUGGAUGGCUCUGACCGACGGAUCCUGUUAGAGAACCAAGUAGGUCGACCUUUUGACCUGGCAGUUUUCGAGGACAGGCUUUGGAUCUCUGACCGGGAGCGCCGGCAGCUGACGAGCGUGCACAAGCGGACUGGGAAGAAACUCCAGAGGAUCCAUGGCAACAUGGUCCAGCCAGCAGCCAUUGUGGUGGUUCAUCCUCUCGCAAAGCCAGGAGCAGAUGUUUGCCUUCAUCUGAAUGGAGGUUGUGCUCAGGUUUGUGAAAUCAAACUGGGACUGGCUCACUGCUCCUGUCUCUCACGCUACAUCCUAUCAGCUGACAGGAGAGGCUGCUCGUCUGCUGAAGCCUCUAACGGAACAGCAGGUGAUUCAUUCUCCUGUCGUCCUGUUUCAGCUGGAGACACUGACGAGCUAUGUGAAUCUGGAGAGAGUGACCCCACUGAUGUAACAUCUCUGAAACGCAGUGAACCAACGCUCUUCACCGACAAGAUGGUCUCAGACCAGAAUGAAUGCGACUCACUGCGUUGUGACGUGAACGCCCAGUGCCUCCUUCGGACCAGAAGCCCAACCUGUCUGUGUCUGGAGGGUUUCACAGGUGAUGGACAGGUGUGUGAGGAUAUCGACGAAUGUGACCUGGGAGCACACGACUGUAACAGAAAUGCAGAAUGCCAAAAUACUUUGGGGAAGUAUCUCUGCAAAUGUCAGGCUGGAUUCCAGAGCGACGGGCAAACAUGUCACGAGCCGGAGGCGGCAUCGACUUGGGUGACGACCGGGAGCCCUGCUGACGUCACCACCCUGCACCACAUCAGUAACUCAGUGGAGAGCUGCCCCGCCUCCCAUGAGUCCUACUGCCUGUACCAGGGGGUCUGCUUCUACUUUCCUGAGUUGAAGUCAUAUGCCUGCAAUUGUCCUUUGGGCUACAUGGGCGAGCGCUGUCAGUUCAGUGAUCUGGAGUGGUGGGAGCUGCAGCAGGCCGAGGAGGAGAAGAGGAGGAACGUGGUGAUUGCGGCCUCCAUGGUGCUCCUCAUCUCCCUGCUCUCCAUCGCUGCCUGUGUCACCUACUGCUACGGAACCAGAAAAUUCUUCCGCAAACAGCCGUCAGUGGAUAAUGUGAGUGAGACCAGUGUGACAGACGAGAGCACGUCAGAAAGCAGCCCCGUGCCUCAGUUCUACUUGCUGAUGGAAAGUGGUUCAGAAGGAGGAGUCGUCCCUGCCAUGGGCUGUCCCAGGAGAGCCAUCUGUCCGUCCUGCUCUUCAGAGACAGGUGACAACCCCUUGUCUGAGGAGUCAGAGACAUUAUCCAAACACAACAGAGGGUACGAGUGUUCCAUGGUGUCGGCUGCUGCCAUGGAGAUCACCCGACCCACAGGUCCAUCACCAGCAAGUUCAUAUUCAUGUUCAUCUUUAGUCUCCAAGACAACAAGCCUGGAGUCGCCCGCUUCCUAGUUCAGCCGAGGGAACCGACUCAGCGCUGGACAGUUUGAAAUAUCUGGUUGAUUUACCAACUGCAGGUGAAGAGUUUCAUUCCAAGACCAACAGUCCCCUUUGAGUCAUCUAGGCUGCACACACACACACACACACACACACACACACACACACACACACACACCCACCCAGGAGAAGUCACAUUGGAGCCGUUGCUUUCACACACAGACUCCGGUGCAUCGAAAAACAGCAACGAGCUCUCUUACAUCAAAACACAACGAAGCUGCAGAAUAUGUAUAUACAGUAGAGUGAGUGUCCUUAUCCACCAUAUGAUGGAGAGAGAAGUAUAUUCUGGACUUCAUAUCCUGGUGUAAAUCAGCAUAAUGCUCUGAUUGGUAGUAAUUUUAGUAAUUGGUAAGUUUAUUAAGUUCUAUUUUGAGCUAUUAGAGAAAAAUAAAGUAUUUGGACUGAAACUCUUUCUCAUACUAAUUUACCUGUAGCUGGCAAAGAAAACUAGCUAUGUCAUCUACAUGUGUACAGUCUUUCCUACAGACUUUCUAGAGUAGAUGCCAAACUAAACAAACACACUCACAUUGAACAAAUCUUUAUCACGGAUCUGGAACUAGAACAGCAGUUAUUUGAAAAAGUUUAAAAUUUUCUAACAUCCAAACAAACUUCUGAAUUUCCUUGGAUCACUGUGGUUGUAGGAGAGCAAAUAAUAAACGCUUGUGUAUCUGUGGAGUUCUCAGUCAUGUACACAUGUGCAACUGCUUGCUAGUGUUAUAAAGGGACAUACUCUGUGUUGUUGUUAUUUGUUGUUUAGCAGUUGUUUACAUGUUCUCACUGUUUGUUAUAUAUAAAUUGAGUAAUUGUAGGACAAAGGUUUUUUCAGAGGCACAGUUAGAUUCAAAGUUUAGAGCAAUAAGCAUUUUUGGAGCCGAUUGCAAUUAUAGAGAGUAAAACAUUUCUGAUUCGACUUCUCAGCCAAAUAUAUAUAUACAGUAUAUAAGACAUGUCAUUUUAUAGUUUAACCAUGAACUUUACUUUUGUAUAGACUCAUUGAAACACUCAUAUUAGAUAUUGGUUUAUAUUAUUAUAUUUUUGCAAAACAAAAUUGUUUGCAUUAACAUGGUCCCAUUCACCCAAGAACGACUACAUUAAAAACCUAACAUGAAAACCGUGAUACUGUUUGCAACGUUUGUGCUUUACCUAGUUUAUUCAAAAGAGUUAUUUUUGUUUGAAUCAGUGCUUCAAGGAUUAAGACCAGAACUGUUGAAGAGUUUGGAUAAAGAUGUUGCUAUUGACUUAUUUCGCAUUUCAAUAAAGCAAAAGUGGGUAAAGAUUUCCUAACAUCCAGAAUUGUUUUAUUGAUAUUGCAUUUAACUGGGAAUAAGCUCUGAUUAUCUGAUACAAUCACUGGAAUAAGAAAAAUUGCAGGAUGAAGUUUGUUUUUAUUCCAAUAAAACUACA